CGACUGUUGAAGAUAAACAAUGGCUGAGCUUCCACCGGUAGACGAUGAAUUAAAUUAUGAUGAAUUUGAAAAAUUGGAUAUAUCAAAAGAACAACUUAAAAUGUUGAAGCAAGUUUUCGAUUUAUUCGAUCUCGAAAAGAAAAAGGAAAUUUCGGUGGACAUGAUUGGGCAGAUUUUAGACAUGUUAGGUCAUAGACUUUUACCUGAAGAAUUAAACGAAAUCGUUAAAGAAAUUGACGAAGAUGGUAACGGUGUCAUGAAUUUCGAGGAAUUCGCUAAUUUAGCGGCCAGAUUUUUGAUUGAAGAAGAUGAAGACACAGAGGCGAUUUUGAGAGAAUUAAAGGAUGCCUUCAGGUUGUACGACAAAGAAGGUCUGGGUUAUAUUUCUGUGGAUCUCUUACGAGAUAUUUUGAAGGAACUCGAGCCUAAUUUAUCUCCUGCAGAUCUAAACGAAAUGAUUAAGGAAAUUGAUACAGAUAAUUCCGGUACAGUGGAUUGGGAAGAAUUUAAAGCUAUGAUGAUUGGUUAAAACAGAAACCUCC